CGUCACUUUACUCCGGUACCACCGAACAAGGACCGGAGAUUGAGCGCGGAACAUACCUCAAAGAACAGAGGAUAUUGAGCACUGAACCUACCUCAAAUUUCCUGCAUUCACUAAUCAAAUUCUGCUAAUCAAACAAGAGAAACCUGAUCGGAUCUGCUGAUCUACUUCGAUCGGAAUGACGUCUCGAUAUUGGGCGGUGUCUCUUUCCGUUCAGCAAGGCUCCUCCGCCACCUCUCUGUGGAGCCGCCUCCAAGACUCCAUCUCCAAACACUCUUUUGACACUCCCCUCUACAGAUUCAACAUCCCCAAUCUCCGGGUUGGUACAUUGGAUUCGCUCCUUGCGCUCAGCGACGACCUUGUCAAGUCAAACAAUUUCAUUGAAGGGGUGUGCUCAAAGAUACGGCGCCAGAUCGAGGACUUGGAGAGGGUUUCCGGCGUGGCUAGCAGUUCUCUCACUGUUGAUGGGGUUCCUGUCGACUCCUAUCUCACUAGAUUUAUGUGGGACGAGGCUAGGUAUCCCACAAUGUCACCACUUAAGGAGACUGUAGAAGGAAUUCACAUCCAAGUUGCAAAGAUUGAGGAUGAUCUCAAGGUUCGAGUUGCUGAGUAUAGCAAUGUGCGCAGCCAGCUUAAUACCAUCAACCGUAAGCAAACAGGAAGUUUGGCAGUACGCGAUCUUUCCAAUUUGGUGAAGCCUGAAGACAUAAUUACAUCGGAACAUCUAACCACCCUCCUUGCUGUUGUUUCUAAGUAUUCACAGAAGGAUUGGUCGGCUAGCUACGAGACACUCACUGCCUAUGUGGUUCCCAGAUCCUCUAAGAAGCUGUAUGAGGACAAUGAAUAUGCUCUUUAUACUGUAACAUUAUUCAGUCGUGAUGCUGACAAUUUUAGGAUUAAGGCACGUGAAAGAGGCUUUCAAAUUCGUGAUUUUGAGUAUAGUUCUGAGACUCAAGAAGGCCGAAAACAGGAGCUGGAAAAACUGAUACAUGACCAAGAAGCAUUCCGUAGCUCUCUUUUGCAAUGGUGCUAUACCAGUUACGGAGAGGUUUUCAGCUCCUGGAUGCACUUUUGUGCUGUACGUGUCUUUGCUGAGAGCAUAUUAAGAUAUGGCUUGCCUCCAUCCUUUUUGUCAAUUGUCUUGUCACCAUCUGUGAAAAGCGAGAAGAAAGUGCGUUCAAUUCUUGAGUCACUAUGUGAUAACUCAAACAGCACCUACUGGAAAACAGAGGAUGAUGGUGCAGUUGGUGCUUUUGGAGGUGAUACUGAUGUGCAUCCUUAUGUCUCCUUCACAAUAAAUCUUGCUUAAGUGAGUUGUGUCAUUGCAUUAUCUAUUCCAUUGGAGCAUUUGAUUCGUGUAUUUUUCCAAUAAACUAAUAAAGGACAUAUUGUGUCUGUAUAUGCUACAUGUAAUAAUAUCCCCUUUUUCAGUUAUAACUUUGGCGACCUGUUUUAGGCUUUUGAAAUACGACAGGUUUAGCUUUCCCAACAACUGUUUGAAGUGGAUUUUUGUUAUUGUAUAUUUAUUUCUUCAGAUGUUGUAAAAUGAUUCGAGUAAUUUGUACGCCUUCUCAAUAGCAAAUUGGUUUUUGUUGAAUUUUAAAUAUGGAUUGUUAUGCACACUUACAAUAUAUAAGGAGUCAUUACAAUAUAUACUUCCUUUUCAA